AAUCCAAAUAGAAACAACGCACAAGCAUGGCGGCGAUGUCGACAGCUGUCAAGGUGCAGGAGGUACGCGAUGUUACGCGAAUUGAGAGGAUCGGCGCUCACUCACACAUCCGUGGUUUGGGCCUGGAUGACUCAUGCGACCCGAAGAACGUGUCCGAGGGCAUGGUUGGCCAGCAGAAGGCGCGCAAGGCGGCCGGCGUCGUCGCGGAGAUGAUCCGCGAGGGCAAGAUCGCUGGGCGGGCCAUCCUGCUGGCUGGACAGCCCGGCACCGGCAAAACGGCCAUCGCCAUGGGCAUCGCUCGCUCCCUCGGCUCGGACACUGCUUUCACAAGCAUGAGCGGCUCCGAGAUUUACAGUCUGGAGAUGUCCAAGACCGAGGCGCUGACGCAGGCCAUCCGCAGGUCCAUCGGCGUCAGGAUCAAAGAGGAGACGGAAGUGGUCGAGGGAGAAGUGGUUGAGAUCCAGGUGGAGCGGCCGGCGUCAGGGGUAGGUUCCAAGUCGGGCAAGCUGACCCUGAAGACGACCGACAUGGAGACCAUCUACGAUCUGGGCAGCAAGAUGAUUGAGUCGCUAAUGAAGGAGAAGGUGCGUUCCGGCGACAUCAUCGUCAUCGACAAGGCCACCGGCAAGAUCAGCAAGCUCGGCCGCUCCUUCACCAGGGCCAGAGACUACGACGCCACCGGCGCCCAAACAAAGUUUGUUCAGUGUCCAGAGGGCGAGUUGCAGAAACGGAAGGAGGUGGUGCACACGGUUUCACUCCACGAAAUCGACGUGAUCAACAGCAGAGCUCAAGGCUUCCUGGCCCUCUUCUCCGGCGACACGGGCGAAAUCAAGUCCGAAGUGCGAGACCAGAUCAACUGCAAGGUGGUCGAGUGGCGCGAGGAGGGAAAGGCUGAGGUCGUCCCUGGAGUCCUCUUCAUCGACGAGGUGCACAUGUUGGACGUGGAGAGCUUCUCAUUCCUGAACCGUGCGUUGGAGAACGAGAUGGCGCCCGUGGUGAUCAUGGCUACGAACCGCGGCAUCACCAAGAUCCGCGGCACAAACUUCAAGGCGCCGCACGGCAUUCCACUCGACCUGCUGGACCGCAGCAUCAUCAUCCCGACGCAGCCGUACACGGAGGCUGAGCUCAGCGACAUCAUCAAAAUCCGGUGCGAGGAGGAAGACUGCGACAUGCAGCCCGACGCGCUCACCAUCCUCACAAAGAUCGCGCAGGAAACUUCUCUGCGCUACUCCAUCCAACUCAUCACCACUGCCAGCGUCGUCGCUAAAAGGAGAAAAUCCACGCAGGUUUCUGUGGAAGACAUUAAAAAGGUAUACACUCUUUUCCUGGACGAAAAGAGGUCCCAGCAGUUCCUCAAAGAGUACCAGGACCAGUUUAUGUUUAAUGAAGCAGAGGAAUCGACGAGCAUGGACUAAUGGCCGCGAAUCUCAAGAUUUGCCCUCGACUCUCAUAUUCGCAUUUCGUUUGCAUACUCCAUGUACAAACUUACCAUGUUGGAUCGAUGCUGGAUCGGUACGCACCUCUAAACGCUGAGUUGUGACGUAAUCACGCUGCAGAGACGGAAAUUAAUGCAUGUAAUUUAAGAUCAAUUAAAAAUUGACUGCCCAUCACAUAUAA